CCCAGCCCGUGGUGCUCGCGCCGGUCCAGCCUUUAGUCUGCCCUGACCAUGGCUAAACUGACAGCGCUCACGCUCUUGGGGCUGGGAUUGGCACUCUUCGAUGGACAGAAGUCUUCUUUCCAAACACGAUUUAAUGUUCACCGUGAAGUAACUCCAGUGGAACUUCCUAACUGUAAUUUAGUUAAAGGGAUUGACAAUGGUUCUGAAGACUUGGAAAUACUGCCCAAUGGACUGGCUUUCAUCAGCUCCGGAUUAAAAUAUCCUGGAAUAAUGAGCUUUGACCCUGAUAAGCCUGGAAAGAUACUUCUAAUGGACCUGAAUGAGAAAGACCCAGUAGUAUUGGAACUGGGCAUUACUGGAAGUACAUUUGAUUUAUCUUCAUUUAACCCUCAUGGGAUUAGCACAUUCACAGAUGAAGAUAAUAUCGUCUACCUGAUGGUGGUGAACCAUCCAGAUUCCAAGUCCACAGUGGAGUUGUUUAAAUUCCAAGAAAAAGAAAAAUCACUUUUGCAUCUGAAAACCAUCAGACACAAGCUUCUGCCUAGUGUGAAUGACAUUGUCGCUGUGGGACCUGAACACUUUUAUGCUACCAAUGAUCACUAUUUUAUUGACCCUUACUUAAAAUCCUGGGAAAUGCAUUUGGGAUUAGCGUGGUCAUUUGUUACUUAUUAUAGUCCCAAUGAUGUUCGAGUAGUGGCAGAAGGAUUUGAUUUUGCUAACGGAAUCAACAUCUCACCAGACGGCAAGUAUGUCUAUAUAGCUGAACUGCUGGCUCAUAAGAUCCAUGUGUAUGAAAAGCACGCUAAUUGGACUUUAACUCCAUUGAAGUCCCUCGACUUUAACACUCUUGUGGACAACAUAUCCGUGGAUCCUGUGACAGGGGACCUUUGGGUUGGUUGUCAUCCCAAUGGCAUGCGAAUCUUCUACUAUGACCCAAAGAAUCCUCCUGCAUCAGAGGUGCUUCGAAUCCAGGACAUUUUAUCCAAAGAGCCCAAAGUGACAGUGGCUUAUGCAGAAAAUGGCACUGUGUUACAGGGCAGCACGGUGGCCGCUGUGUACAAAGGGAAAAUGCUGGUUGGCACCGUGUUCCACAAAGCUCUCUACUGUGAGCUCUCACAGGCCAAUUAGCACCCGUGCCGCGGACACUGGCACCCACGAUUUCAACUGCUUGCCGGCCACAUUCUUGGGGCCACAGUGCCCUCGGCGGGAUGAUGGACAACCCUAAAUUUGACAUCAACUGCAUCGCAGCCUAGAGUGGAUAUGAAGAGUAGGGCUUUUUGAGCGUGAAUUC